AUGUCGUGGGACUCUAAAUCGGCGUUACAUCGCCGACAGAGCAGCAAUGCUGGCGGCUCCAAAACCCUACCUAUCCACACUCGCGAACAGUCGGAAGCAACAAUCCAGCCCAAAUCAAGCCAUGUAGCAGACGACUUUCUGCAGAGCUUCCUGGAUCCUUCUUUUGACCCAGCAGCAUAUUUGAAUGCUACUCUGCCACCGCUUCAACACGGCGGCUACCACUCAUCACGAAGCAAUGGCAACGGUGAGACUCUGAGUCUCGCUGAGACGAUGAAUGAGACGCUGCAGGAUGACAUUAAGAAGUUCGCGCCGAGUGGCGUGGAUCAGGAGGCCAAGGAAGCGGUACCCAAGGCCGCAGACGGGCAAGAGAGGAGAGAAUCCGUGGGCGCCAGCAAGACCGGCGAUGACGAAGCUGCGGCCACCGAGGGCAAAGCGGAAACCUCGGAACCACCCUACAUCAACCAGCUGCGGACGCUGACGGUGGUCCGCUCCCGCCUCGACACAGUCAUCAAGACCUUUGGCGACGCCAUGGAAUUCGUCUUCCCGCCGUCGGAGCUCUCGGUCAGCUCGUCCUUCCUCUCGGUCUCGGCGCCCGACCCGGGAGCGGAGCAGCACAGUACGGAGGAAAAGGGCCAGCAGGUGCUGCAGGGUCUGCGGGACGAGAUCUCGCAGCUGCUGACCAAGUCGGAGGAUCCCGUCAAGGGCAUAGAGAAGGCAGCGCAGCGGAUCGAGGAGCUCAAGGAGCUUAACAAGGUCUGGAAGGGCACGGCGGAAGAGAAGGGCCGGACAAAGUUCAUCGAGAGCCUGGCAAAGAUGGUGGAGGAUCGGCAUCGGGACCUCAUGAGGGAGGUUGAUCAAGCGAGCAGGAGGGAUGGGAACGAGGGGCGGGCGAGGAAGGGAAGUGUUCAUGCCGAUGCCGCGGAGACCAAGACAUAUCUUGGGGGUUACGGCUUGAUGAGCCAGCUCCAGAAGCUUAGAAACGGGUUAUGA